AAACUUUGCAAACAAAUGAGGAGGAGGAGGAGGAGGAGAGUUUAAGCAACGAGGAGUGACUGCAGGCACUGGCAUUGCUGUGGAAAGCCACGUCCACUGUAGGGAGGACAAGCUGUUAAAAAUCUUUUGGAUUUCUGCAUAUUUCAACCCUGGCCAGCCUGACCAAGCUGCCACAGGUGACUCAGGGAGCAAAGCCGUGGAUCCCACUGCAGCCAGGCUCGUCCUUCCCUUGCUUCCAGCCUUGCUCCAAAAGAUCUUAGUCCAGGGAUCAAAGCUCUUGUUUUGGAAGGCGUGUUUCGUUUAGUUAAAGAGAAGGAUUUUGGGUUUAGGAGCGGUGUUGUGCUGUGUUUGCCUGGCUUCUCCUGCCUGCUAGGCUCGGGAGUUUGGGAUGGGACACCCUGCACCUCAGCAUUUCCCUUCACUCAAAUAAAGAAAGGGACAAAAGGAACGAAACUUUUCCUCUCCGGUAUUUUUUCUCACUGCCCGGGGCCUCGGCCAUCAGCCCAAAGCACGGGAACGGGAGCGAGCGGGCAGCCGGCUCCCGCACCAUCCCAAACCGCCGGUGAAGCCCCGCAAAAGCCUUUAUCCCUGCCGAGGGAGGGUGAGGGCAUGCCGCCGGCAGGUGCCGGGUGCCCGGGAGCGCCACCGGAGCGUCCCGGAGCCGCGGAACGAAACCGCACGGCGCUGCUGCCCGCGGCGCGGCCGUGCCCGUUCUGCACCGCCGUUCUCCCGGGAGGCUCCGCACCGCGAACCCGCGGACCCGGCGCCUUCUCUGCCCCCUCUGCACCGGGGAACCCGCCGCCUUCUCCCGGCACCCUUUACACCGGACACCGGGGGUCGCGGGGACCCGGCGCCUUCUCCCGGGACACGCUGCACCGAGUCCCCGAGGAGCCGGGGACCCUCCGCAGCGGGGGGCCGGUGCCUCCUCCUGGCACCCUCUGCACCGCGGACCCGGGGAUCUGGCGCCUUCUCCCGGGACCGUCCGCAGAGGGAACUCGGGGACCCGGUGCUUUCUCCCCGGGACCCUCCGCACCGGGGAUCCCGGGAUCCAGGGACCCGGCGGCUUCUCCUGGCACCCUUUGCACUGAGAAUCCAGGGACCCUCCGCACCAAGAACCCGGGGACCCAGGGACCCGGUGCCUUCUCCCAGGGACCCUCCGCACCGGGAAUCCAGGGUCCCGGUGACUUCUCCCGGGAUCCUCCGCACCGGGAAACCGAGGAGCCUCCGCAGCGGGCACGGGGGGACCCAGCGCCUUCUCCCGGCCCCCUCCUGGCAGCGGGAAGCCCGGCUCCGUGCGCCGCUCCGGAGCAUCCCCGCUCCGUUCCCGGAGCAUCCCCGCUCCAUCCCCGCUCCGCUCCGGCCAAGGAAAACCCGGUCCCCGCGAGGCCCCGCCCCCCGAGCCCCGCCCCGUGCUGCGAUUGGCUGAGAGCGCGCUGGGGGCGUGGCCGGCGGGGCCGUAUUAAACGUGCCAUGGCCGCCCGCAAAAAGGGGCCGCGGGCGGGCGGGAGCGCAGUGCGAGCGGAGCGGGCACCGGGCACGGCCUCGCCACGGAUCUUACCCCUUCUCCGCACCGGCACCUCGCUGGCGGCCGCCGCAGGUAAGAGUCGCCUCCUUCCCCGCGUCUCUCCCCGAGGAGCGGAGGCGAUGCGCGGCACGCGCGCUGUCGCGAUACCCCCGCGAUAGAAGCGUCCGGCUCGGAGAAGAGGGGAACUCCAC